UCAGCGGUGUGCGGGUGGAAAGCAGAAGCAGGGUGCCGGCAGGAGCUCUGAUCAUCGCCAUGCAGGGAUUGGCUAGAGCUCUGAUCAUCGCCAUGCAGGGAUUGGCUGGAGCUCUGAUCAUCGCCAUGCAGGGAUUGGCUGGAGCUCUGAUCAGCACCAUGCAGGGAUUGGCAGGAGAAACAGUCCGGGUGAGGAGGGAGCGCAGAGAGCUGUAUGAACUAAAACUGGCAGAAUGGAGUGCCCGUUUGCAGUUGACGGAUGACCUGAUUGGUGAUUUGAGCAGCAGUGGGCGGAUCCAGGAUGUAGACAAGGACAUACAGAAGAUCCAGGAGCUGCUCAGUUUACCAUGGAACGAGUCCGUGGCCCAAGACUGACAGCCAAUGACAGCAGCUGAAAUACUCAGAUACCAAUCAUAGCCAUCCUCACAGACAGACAAUGGUGGGUGGGACUUUCCUCACCCCUGAGGACAUACUGUUUUUUUUAAAUGUUGACUACUCUGUUCUGUUUACUCCUGUUGAAUGGAAAAUGGGACCUACUUAUUCGCUCAACAAAAUAUGUACUGAUCCUGUAUUAUGAUUUAUACUGUAAAUGUAAUCGCUUUGUCUGGAACUUUUAAAUGAUUUCCAACAUAUUUAAUAUAAAUGCCAAUAAUGACACAGUA